AUGUUUAAAAGUUGUUGUGCACGGCCAAAUAAGAGAAAUAAUAAAAACAAAACAAAAUCUGAUAAUAUGGACUCUCUUAACAGUGUUAACCCAGAAGAAUGUAUCGAAAAAUCAGAAAAAGAUCUACGUGCGCAAGAAAAAUCUGAAAUUAUCCAUGAAAUUAACACUAUUGAAUGUUCAUCAAAUACACCUAAAGAAUACGCUGCAGAAAAGCCAAAAAUUGACGAAAUGGAAACAUAUACCGAGAACUUGCCUGAUUCGUCCGUCAAGGACACUGAGCAUGACACUAGCGGUAGUGACAAAGCUGCUUUAGUAGAAGAGGAUGAAGAUAGUGUCGAUGACGUUUUUUCUAAACCGGACGUUAUUAAAAAACGGUUUUCUGUUGAUUAUAAAAACACAGCUCGUCUUGAUUUCAAAAGGUUUUCUGUCGAUUGCAGCCGGAAUGUUACCACUCUUGAAGAACUUAGUAAUCUGGAGCGGGAACUAGCCAGAACAAAUGUCGAUGUUCGUCCAAUAAGGCGCAAAUCGUCAGGCAUUUUGAAAUCUACUACAAGUAGUAGUGAAUUUGUAGAUCAUCGUUAUACACCAAAGGAUGACUCUGAUUGCGAUGACGAUGUAUUUGAAAGAGACGUAUCCCUCUCCACUGAUAUGGAAGGGCCAAGAGAACCUCCGGCUACUCCUGUUGGUCGUGAUGAAUUGGCUCUUCGUAGGCAUCGGUUCUUCUCAGAUUUAGUGUGUGCUGCAAGAGCUGCUGUUGAACAUCGAGUAAGAUUCGAUCCUUUAGGUCCAGUUGUUGCGGACUCAGCGUAUACUGUUUGGAAUCGAGACGUGUUUGCCUCAACAGCCGGUCGGUUUGAGUCAGAGUUACAUCCGUCCACGGACAUUGCCAGUGGUAGCCGGCGCAAGCGCAUGAUUAUACGCUUAUGUGCUCAUUUUAUCAGUGCAUGA